AUGAAGAAGAUACCAUAUGAGCUACUCAUUGGGAGGAAGCCCAACAUCUCCUACUUCUUGAUCUUCGGUUGUAAGUGUUUCAUCUACAAGAAAAAUAAGCAUAUAGGAAAGUUUGAAAGUUGUUGUGAUGUUGGUAUUUUUGUUGGUUACUCAUCAAACUCCAAAGCAUAUAGAGUAUUCAAUAAUGCCACCCGCGUGAUUGAAGAAACAUGUGAUGUGGAGUUUGAUGAAUCUAAUGGCUCCCAAGGAGAUGGUUUCACUUGUGAUGAUGUAGGAAAUGAACCAUUUCGUGAUGUGAUAAAGAAGAUGGGCAUUGGUGACAUCAAGCCAAAGGAGGAGGAUGAAGCUCCUACAACUACUUCCAAGCAAGUGGAGGCAUCAUCCAAGGAUGAGACUAAGAUGAAGAUGUACCUACUACUUCCUAUCACCAUGAUUUCUCUUCUGAUGAAGAUGAUGAGCCUCCAAGACAUUCUUCAUCCACUCCACCAAGUCAAGAUGAGCCUACUUCUUUACAAGACAUCCCCAUUACACAAGAAGAACCACAAAUCCAAGUUCCGCUACAAGCUUCAACUUCUACACCAAUUGUAA